CCUGACGCACGCAGCACCUGUGCGUGACAGCUGUGCCACAGCGGACUGACGUCAGCAGAGAAAAUUGGAGAGUGUUCAGCACUUAAUUUGAUUCAGCAACAGCUAUUGCUACAAAGGGUAUAACAAGAGAAUACUGGCAGCCAAUGGAGAGCCUAUAAAAAGGAGGCAUUAGCUAAUUGAUCUACUGUAGGUGAGCUACGAAUCGACAAACUGAUCUGACAUGGAGCUGACUGUGUCCAGCUUAUUCUCAUUGUUGGUCUACAUCUUAACCUUCUUGCUUGGACUUCCGUGCAACCUCCUUGUUCUUUUCGUGUACAUCCGUAAGGCUCAAAAACAUGGUGCCACCCCCAACGUAGUCUACGCUCUUAACCUUUGCGUGGCAAACCUGGCUCUAGUGUCAUGGAUGCCAGUCAAAGUGGCAGAGACCGUGCUCCAAGGUUGGGCGCUUCCAGCUGCGGUUUGUCCAGUUUACAGCUUCUUUCUGUUCUCUUCGGUCUAUGGUAGCAGUUUGAUCCUCACAGCAGUCGUCGUUGGACGUUAUCUGAGUAUUGCCUAUCCCAUAACUUACAAACUCUACCGUCGGGCGCGUACCUCUUGCCUGGUAAGCGCCAUCUUGUGGCUUUUAGUGCUUGCACACUUGGGUUUUGCUUAUAUUGCCGAAGGAGGGGGCCAUUUUGUGUCUUUAUCAGAGGAGAAUGUCUCAGCAUGCUAUGAAAACUUCACGCAGGUGCAGUUGGAAGUGCUGGUGCCGUUACGCCUGGAGAUGGCACUGCUACUCUUCUUGGUGCCGCUUGUUUUGUCAGCAUUCUGCACACUGCGCUGCCUAGUGCUUGUCAGACACUCUGCUUUGCCCUCUGAUGGGAAAAGAAGGGUGUUAGCCAUUGCACUCUCCACUUUAGUAGUAUUUGUGGUCUGUUAUGGACCCUACAAUGUUUCCCACGUGGUGGGCUUUGUAUUGUACACUAAUGUGGAGUGGAGAAGUGAAGCCAUGCUUUCCUGCUCCUGCAAUGUAUUUCUUGAGCCAGUGGUCAUGUUAAUGCUUUCGCCGUGGACGCCGAGGGAUUUGGUGGACAAGUUGUGCCAUAAACGAAGGAAUGCAUCAUAUAAGUACUGGAAUCACUGCAAAAGGGCUUCCAGGAGUCCUCAAACAACGACACAGGCUCCGUCAAUAAUAAGCCAUGUUGAAUCAAAAGAUGACAAAUCAAAAGCAAACAAAGCUGACCCGUCCAUAAAAGAGACCUGAUUAUGGUACGAC